GAUGAUGAUGAGUAAUAUUAUGAGCUUUGCUGGUUUAAGCUCAACACUAGGGACCUUGUUGAUCUUGAGGCAAUACUUUCCACGCCACCUCAACAUCUAUUUCUCCAAAUACUUUGAAAAAUUUAUCACUCUCAUCUAUCCAUACCUAGAGAUCAGCUUCCCUGAAUACGUCGGUCUACGGCUAAAACGCAGCGAUGCGUAUACUGCCAUUGAGUCGUACCUCUCAAGCACCACCUCUGAGCAUGCAAAACGUCUCAAAGCGGAGAUGGGCCAUGGCAGCGACAAGCUCAUACUCAGCAUGGAUGAUAACGAAGAGAUCACUGAUGAGUUCCAUGGCGUCAAGGUCUGGUGGUUUUCGAGCAAGAUCACAAGACAUAACAUCUCCUUCUACCGGCUUGUGGAUGAAGAUAAAAGGUAUUAUCGUUUGAGGUUUCAUCGGAGACAUCGAGCACUAAUCAAUGAAGCUUAUCUUCCUUUUGUUAUCCAACAAGGGAAGGCCAUUGGUGUGGAGAAUAGGCAGAGAAAGCUCUACACUAACAGUUCAAGCUUUGACUACAAUGAGCUCAAGAAGUUGGAUUGGAGUCAUGUCCCGUUUGAGCAUCCAGCCACCUUUGAAACCCUAGCUAUAGACUCUCAGAUGAAGAGUGAGAUAGUCCAAGACUUGGUGAAGUUUAGCAAGAGCAAGGAGUACUAUGCCAAGAUUGGGAAGCCAUGGAAGAGAGGUUACUUGCUUUAUGGUCCUCCAGGGACUGGUAAGUCCACUAUGAUUGCUGCCAUGGCUAACUUGCUGGAUUAUGAUGUUUUUGAUCUUGAGCUUACUGGAGUGAAGGACAACAGUAUGUUGAGGAAACUCUUGUUGAAUACAACCGGCAAGUCAAUAAUUGUCAUCGAGGAUAUUGAUUGUUCUUUGGAUUUAUCAGGGAAACGAAAAACUGGGGGAAACCAGAACGAGAACAAGGAAGAGGAAGAAAAGAAGGCCGCCAUGGGUGGUCCUCCUGGUAAGGAUGAGAGUAAGGUUACUUUAUCAGGGUUGCUUAACUGUAUUGAUGGCUUAUGGUCUGCGUGUGGUGGAGAGAAGGUGAUUGUUUUCACAACCAACCAUAUUGAGAAGCUUGAUCCUGCAUUGAUAAGGAGGGGAAGGAUGGAUAAGCAUAUUGAAUUGGGAUACUGUGAAUAUGAAGGGUUUAAAGUGCUGGCUAAGAAUUAUCUUGGAGUGGAAUCUCAUCCAUUGUUUGAGGUUAUUCAUGAGUUGUUGGAGGAGAAGAAUAUCAGCCCUGCUGAUGUGGCUGAGAGUUUGAUGCCAAAGGAGGAGGGUAAGGAUCAAGUUGAUGUUUGCUUGGAAAAACUUGUUAAUGUUCUGAAAGGUUGCAAAUCAAAAAGUGAGAAAGAGGAGGAGGAGAAGGUGAAGAAAAGUAAAAAGAAGUUGGAGAAUGGUGGGAAAGUUCCGAUGGUGAAGAUUGAUUGCUCAGUUGUUGUUUGAUGUGGUUGCGGUUGAUUUGUCAAAAUAUAAAAAAAUAAUAAAAUAAAUAAGUAGUAGAUGGGGAUGACAGCUUAGCGUUUUAGCCAUUUGUAUGUUGGUUCCCAUUAGUGAACCCUAAUUAGGAUAUAUGGAUUGUUAAGAAUAUGUAAUAUUUUACUUCACCCUAGUUUGUCUGGUUGCGAAGGUAGUGGAGUGUCUACUUCUAUGUGGAUUGUAAUAUUAUAGAUUGUAAAUAAUAUGUAUGUUAAUAAAAGU